GCGUGGGAGCAUUCCCGUAUCAAUCAGAGGGAAGAAGAAUCAUCUUGUCCCUCAACAGAGCCUAAAUAGGGAGCAUGGUCGGGGAAAACCUCCUUGUUUACGAGCGCGGUUCAAGCAAGUGAAAGAUUAUUCGAACGCCUGCCGGCGUCCCUCAGCCGUGGUCGAGAGCGCACUUUCUUGGUACCCUGAAAACGACAAUACGUAGGAGCAACCCUCGCCCUCUUCAUCGCGGUUCUGGAGCAACAGGUGGCUACUAAGAGGACAGGCAUGGAAGUGCUGCGAGACGCAUCGUUCUGGACGGGGGUUUCCGUGGGAGUUGGAUCUUGUGCCGCUCUUGGACUCCUGUGUGCCUUCCGUCCGAGAAUCGGCAAUUUCUUACCGCUCCGUUGGUUCAGCAGCACGGCCGUCAGAUUCGCGGAUCGGAUGCUAGGCCGAGACACGAAGAUGGUCUUCGUAGUACGGACGGACUGUAAAAUGCAAAAAGGCAAAAUCGCCGCUCAAUGCUGCCAUGCGGCCGUAAUGGCUUACAAAAGAUCCGUUGAGGAAGAAUCUCCAUUCCUGAAACCUUGGGAAAUGUCGGGUCAACCCAAAAUCGUAUGUCGAGUCGACUCCGGGGAAGAGAUGGAAUCGGUGGGCUCGAAAGCCCGAGAUUUGGGACUCAUAGUCGCCGUGGUUCGAGAUGCAGGGAGAACGCAGGUAGUGCCGGGAACGAGGACAGUCCUCGGGAUCGGGCCCGGUCCGAUCGAGUUGAUCAACCAGUGUACAAGCCAGCUGAAACUUCUUUGAGAUGAGAGAGAAAUGGCCUCCGGAACGAGGUCUCUGUCACACGGAGGAAUCACAAGCGGGGAGCGAAUGGCGAGCAGGAACUCUGGAGACGAAGCGAAUAAAUCAAAUGAUCAUU